GAAUCUUUUUUUAGUGUAAAGUUUAUGACGCUGUGUGUUUAUCACGUUUGCUGCCGUUAACUUUAAAUUUUGAGCGUUUCCACCGAUCACUGAUCGAUCAAAGUGAUUCCGCUGUGACCCAGGGUCACGUGAGUCUGGGUCAUGUGACCUGCUGCUGUCAUAUGACCGCUGAGAAUCGUUAUAGUCGGUAUCAGGCGGCUCUGCGAACACAACAGAAACCAGGCGGAACCCGGUGGAACCAGGCGCGGACGGACAGACGGAGAAGAUGCAGGUGCUGAUCUGGUGUUACCUCCUGACCUUUGUCCUGAGCGCUGAUGCAGCUCCGGCUACAGAUGAGGUGACUUACCUGCCUGGUCUGCAGAAACAGCCCAGCUUCAGACAUUACUCUGGAUACCUGAGUGUGGCUGAUGGAAAACACCUGCACUACUGGUUUGUGGAGUCUCAGAACAACCCGUCCUCUGACCCGGUGGUGUUGUGGUUGAACGGCGGCCCCGGCUGCAGCUCUCUGGACGGCCUGCUCACUGAACACGGACCCUUUCUGAUCCAGGAUGAUGGAGUGACACUGCAGUACAACCCGUACGCAUGGAACAAGAUUGCCAGCGUGUUGUACCUGGAGUCUCCGGUGGGAGUGGGUUUCUCGUACUCUGACGAUAAGAACUACAGCACCAACGACACCGAGGUGUCAAUGAACAACUACCUGGCUCUGAAGGAGUUCUUCCGUCUGUUUCCAGAGUUCAGCAAGAACGAACUUUUCCUAACCGGAGAGAGUUACGGAGGAAUCUACAUCCCGACGCUGGCAGAGCGGGUGAUGGAGGACGCCAGCCUCAACCUGCAGGGCGUUGCCGUGGGAAACGGGAUGUCCAGUUACGAGAUGAACGAUAACUCUCUGGUGUACUUCGCCUACUACCACGGGCUGCUGGGAAGUCGCCUGUGGACCAACCUGCAGAUGUUCUGCUGCCGAAAUGGGACGUGCAACUUCUACGACAACCAUGAUGAGAACUGCACUGCCAGCGUGUCUGAAGUCCAGAACAUCGUCUACAGCUCAGGACUGAACAUCUACAACCUGUACGCUUCCUGUGCAGGUGGAGUCGGCCGGAGAGUCAGUGUGGAGCAAGGUGAGCUAGUGAUCAGAGAUCUGGGAAACUUGUUCAUCAACCAUCAACAGACUCAGCUUUGGAAGCAGAAGUUACGAGGUCUGGCAUCUGUCCACCUGUCCACGCGCCUGGAUCCCCCCUGCACCAACUCCACCCCCUCCUCCCUCUACCUGAACAACCCGUAUGUCAGAAAAGCUCUGCACAUCAGCCCCGACGCCCUGGACUGGGUCAUCUGCAGCGCUGUGGUGAAUCUGAAUUAUGGGCGGCUCUACAUGGACGUCAGGAAACAGUACCUGAAACUUCUCUCUGCUCUGAAGUACCGGGUCUUGGUCUAUAACGGAGACGUGGACAUGGCCUGUAACUUCAUGGGAGACGAGUGGUUCGUUGAGUCUCUGCACCAGCAGGUGGAGGUGCAGAGGCGUCCGUGGCUCUACAACGAUGAGGGCGGUCGGCAGGUCGGAGGCUUUGUCAAAGAGUUCGAUAACAUUGCCUUCCUCACCGUCAAGGGCUCUGGUCACAUGGUUCCAACAGAUAAACCAAUUGCUGCCUUCACCAUGUUUAGCAGAUUCAUCAAGAGGCAGCCCUACUGACCCCUGACCUCUCACUGACCUCUGCAGGUCACCUUUGUUCUGUUUGGACUCUUCAGGCCACCGUACUUUCAUUUUGUACUUUUUUUUUCACUGCCAGCCAAUCAGCAUCGCUCGCCUCUGUGUUUCCUGGCAAGCAAAUUAUUGUUGCAGGAAAUGAAACAUCUCAACCUCAGCCAAUCAUUCACCAGGUCAGCUCGGCAACCUUGCCUGGUUGUCAUGGAAACGAGCACUGCCCUCAGUCUGUGAUUUAAUGUGAAAUUUCUGGGGUUUUGUUUUUGUUCAAAGGGAAAAAUGAAAAAUAAAGUUUGAUUUGAAAUGAG